CCAACAACCACAACUGUGCCUCCAACAACCACAACUGUGCCUCCAACAACCACAACUGUUGCUCCAACGACCACAACUGUUCCUCCAACGACCACAACUGUUGCUCCAACGACCACAACUGUUGGCCCAACAACCACAACUGUUGCUCCAACGACCACAACUGUUGGCCCAACAACCACAACUGUGGCUCCAACGACCACAACUGUUACGCCAACGACCACAACUGUGCCUCCAACAACCACAACUGUGCCUCCAACAACCACAACUGUGGCUCCAACGACCACAACUGUUCCUCCAACGACCACAACUGUUGCUCCAACGACCACAACUGUUGGCCCAACAACCACAACUUUGGCUCCAACAACCACAACGGUUGCCCCAAAGACCACAACGGUUGCCCCAACGACCACAACUGUUGCUCCAACGACCACAACGGUGUCUCCAACGAGCACAACGGUUGCUCCAACGAGCACAACGGUUGCUCCAACGACCACAACGGUUGCUCCAACAACCACAACUGUUGCUCCAACAACCACAACAACUGUUGAUCCGACAACCACAACAACUGUUGCUCCAACAACCACAACAACUGUUGCUCCAACAACCACAACAACUGUUGCUCCAACGACCACAACUGUGGCUCCAACAACAACCACUAAAGCUCCAACAACCACAUCUGUGGCUCCAACGACCACAACUGUUGCGCCAAUGACCACAACCGUGCCUCCAACGACCACAACUGUGCCUCCAACAACCACAACUGUGGCUCCAACGACCACAACUGUUGCUCCAACGACCACAACUGUUGGCCCAACAACCACAACUUUGGCUCCAACAACCACAACGGUUGCCACAACGACCACAACUGUUGCUCCAACAACCACAACAACUGUUGCUCCGACAACCACAACAACUGUUGCUCCAACAACCACAACAACUGUUGCUCCAACGACCACAACUGUUGCUCCAACAACCACAACUGUGCCUCCAACAACCACAACUGUGGCUCCAACGACCACAACUGUUCCUCCACCGACCACAACUGUUCCUCCAACGACCACAACUGUGGCUCCAACGACCACAACUGUUCCUCCAACGACCACAACUGUUCCUCCAACGACCACAACUGUUCCUCCAGCUCCAACGACCACAACUGUUGGCCCAACAACCACAACUUUGGCUCCAACAACCACAACGGUUGCCCCAACGACCACAACUGUUGCCCCAACGACCACAACUGUUGCUCCAACGACCACAACGGUGUCUCCAACGACCACAACAGUUGCUCCAACGACCACAACGGUUGCUCCAACAACCACAACUGUUGCUCCAACAACCACAACAACUGUUGCUCCGACAACCACAACAACUGUUGCUCCAACAACCACAACAACUGUUGCUCCAACGACCACAACUGUUGCUCCAACGACCACAACUGUGCCUCCAACAACCACAACUGUGCCUCCAUCAACCACAACUGUGGCUCCAACGACCACAACUGUUCCUCCAACGACCACAACUGUUACUCCAACGACCACAACUGUUGCUGCAACGACCACAACUGUUGGCCCAACAACCACAACUUUGGCUCCAACAACCACAACGGUUGCCCCAACGACCACAACUGUUGCCCCAACGACCACAACUGUUGCCCCAACGACCACAACGGUUGCUCCAACGACCACAACUGUUGCUCCAACAACCACAACUGUUGCUCCAACGACCACAACGGUUGCUCCAACAACCACAACUGUUGAUCCAACAACCACAACAACUGUUGCUCCGACAACCACAACAACUGUUGCUCCAACAACCACAACAACUGUUGCUCCAACGACCACAACUGUUGGCCCAACGACCACAACUUUGGCUCCAACAACCACAACGGUUGCCCCAACGACCACAACUGUGGCUCCAACAACAACCACUAAAGCUCCAACAACCACAUCUGUGGCUCCAACGACCACAACUGUUGCGCCAACGACCACAACCGUGCCUCCAACAACCACAACUGUGCCUCCAACAACCACAACUGUGGCUCCAACGACCACAACUGUUCCUCCAACGACCACAACUGUUGCUCCAACGACCACAACUGUUGGCCCAACAACCACAACUUUGGCUCCAACAACCACAACGGUUGCCCCAAUGACCACAACUGUUGCCCCAACGACCACAACUGUUGCUCCAACGACCACAACGGUGUCUCCAACGACGACAACAGUUGCUCCAACGACCACAACGGUUGCUCCAACAACCACAACUGUUGCUCCAACAACCACAACAACUGUUGCUCCGACAACCACAACAACUGUUGCUCCAACGACCACAACUGUUGCUCCAACAACCACAACUGUGGCUCCAACGACCACAACUGUUCCUCCACCGACCACAACUGUUCCUCCAACGACCACAACUGUUGCUCCAACGACCACAACGGUGUCUCCACCGACCACAACAGUUGCUCCAACGACCACAACGGUUGCUCCAACAACCACAACUGUUGCUCCAACAACCACAACAACUGUUGCUCCGACAACCACAACAACUGUUGCUCCAACGACCACAACUGUUGCUCCAACAACCACAACUGUGCCUCCAACAACCACAACUGUGGCUCCAACGACCACAACUGUUCCUCCACCGACCACAACUGUUCCUCCAACGACCACAACUGUGGCUCCAACGACCACAACUGUUCCUCCAACGACCACAACUGUUCCUCCAACGACCACAACUGUUCCUCCAACGAACACAACUGUUGCUCCAACGACCACAACUGUUGGCCCAACAACCACAACUUUGGCUCCAACAACA